CCAAUGAAAACAAGCCACUCUCUAUCUAAUUUAACAGUCUUUUACAUUCAUCUGGCAUGUCUCCCCGAUGUUAAAUGAGAAAUAAAAAUCUUUUCCUCUCAAGUUACUAUGUUUUAUUCAUAAUUUUACAUCAUAUGUCCGUUAAAUUUAUGUGAAAUUAUGAGUAAAUUUACACCAUAAGUUUUAGUUAAAUUUUAGAAACAUGCUUCUCCGGUUUUGGAUAAGCCUGCUGACGGUAGACAUCGAAAUCACUCAUAAACAAUAACAAGAUGUCACGUAAGUUGCGUCCGCAUGAUUUUCCAUCUUCAGGAAUGUUGAUGGCUUUGAUUGUUACUUGGUUAUUUUUUCUGGUAUGGAUGAUGUCGUCUUGAUGGCUUAUCGGGAUCUCUUCUAUGUUCUGCAAAUCCCCACUGCUGGGAACUCUUUUUUUGUGUUCAAGCAAGUCACUUGUGACCUUACCCCCUGUAAGUCUCCCCUUGGAGAUCUUUUAUCGCAAUAAAAUCUCAGGCUUUCAAAAAGAAAAUAUAGUCACAGUUCUUCUGAUAGAAAAGCUUGAGAUCUUUCUAUUUCCUGUUAGAAUGUAGACAUAAGAAGUAAACAAACUGACCCUGACCUGAAACUUCCAGAAUCUGUGGAAAACAAUGGACAAUAUUGCCUACAUGUCAAAGUCUUUACCGUACCAUUUCUGUUCUUCUCAUUUUUCUAGGUGGGUUAUAAUCCUUUCCACUUUCCAGGAAGUUGUUCCUGGAAUCCUAAGAGCAUAUAAAUCCAACAGGCAACAAGCAACAGGCUCAGGCCUUUUUAAAGUGCCAACUGCCAGAGAAACUCUUGUAUAAAUCAGUCUGUUACCUCAAGGUUAAGCCCAAAUUUUCAUUUUGUCACACUUGAGAAUCAUACUUGAACUCCUACUGGGAGAGAGUCAAUGAUCUCACCACUUUCUCAUUGUCAUCCUUUCCUGGUUAUCCUUUUAAGCAUCCUUUGGAUUUUGGCAACAGUUCAGGCUCAAGGCAAUGUAAGUUUAGGCGAUUUUCUAUCUGCGAAUGAUGAAAACAUUGCAUGGCAAUCACCAUCCGGUGAUUUUGCCUUUGGUUUUCAUCCCAUUCAGGAUGAAGAAGAUCAGUUCCUUCUUGCUAUCUGGUAUGCCAAGAUACCUGACGGAACUAUCGUUUGGUGUGCCAAUAGACAGAAUCCAGCUGAGAGAGAAUCAAAGGUUGAGCUCACCAGCACCGGUCUUGUGCUCAAAGACCCUAAAGACAGAGUGCUGUGGAGGUCCAAAAGCCUUAACAAUGAUACUCAAGCAUCACACGCAGCCAUGCUUGAUACAGGGAAUUUUCUGAUCGCAAGUAGAAACUCAGGCAACAUAUGGGAAAGCUUCAAAUAUCCAACUGACACCAUCUUACCAACUCAAGAAUUGGAUGUUAAUGGCAGUCUUUUAUCAGCUUUGACAGAAAGAAGUUACCAGGAUGGGAAAUAUCAGCUCCGUUUCAAUGAAGGAUCUCUCAUACUUAAUCGAAUAGAUAUGUUCACUGGAAAACCUUACAACAAUUAUUUCAUCCUUGGAGAAGGUUCUCGGUUGAUCUUCAACCAGUCAGGGUAUAUCCAAAUCCAGGAUUCGAAUGGAAGUCUAAUCAACCUUGCACCAGAAAAUGCUCCUACAGACCCAGAUUCAAACUACUACAGGGCAAUACUUAGUUUUAAUGGAGUGUUUACCUUCUAUUCUUAUCCAAGGAACCCCGGUGGCAGUGAAAGCUGGUCUGCCUGGUGGUUUAGGCCAAAGGACAUCUGCUCUAGCUUUGUAGACAGUACAGCCAGACUUGGAAAUGGCCCUUGCGGUUAUAACAGCAUUUGCGAACCUCUCAAUAAUGGGAGGCCUAAUUGCUCAUGUCCACCAGGGUUUUCUUUCUUGGAUGAAAGUAAUCCAUACAAUGGCUGCAAACAAGAUUACACAAGCUACCCGGAAGAUUGCAACCUGGACGGAUCCACCAGGGAGGAAGAUCGCUUUGUAUUCAAGUCAAUGCAGUUUGUUGAUUUUCCUUUCAGUGACUAUGGAAUAUUGCAACCUGCAACUGAGUUUGAAUGUAAGCAAUCUUGCCUUCUUGACUGCUCCUGUGCAGUUGCCAUUUUACAGGAUCCAACUUUAAGUCAAGAUGGCAGUGGAACCUGCUGGAAAAAGAAACUACCACUUUCAAAUGGACACGUUAACAGAGAGACUAUUGAUAGAACAUCUCUAUUUAAGGUAUUAAAGUCAGAUGCCUCUAAGACUAACAAAAACCCAGCCACUCCAAAUCCAAAUGAUGAAAAUCAGAAUCAAGUUAUUUUGAUCCUUGGAGUUCUCUUAGGCACCUCUGCAGUUUUCAACUUUUUUUCGUUAGCUGCAAUUUUUCUCAUCUUCUUUUGCUUGUACAAAAGAAGACUGCGGGUCUUCAACGGUAUUCCUUCAAGAAGAGACUUAGAGACUAAUCUACGUUCUUUCACAUACAAAGACCUUGAACAAGCCACAAACAGAUUCAAAGAAGAAUUAGGAAGGGGGGCAUUUGGUACGGUUUAUAAAGGAGAACUGCCAUCAAGUUUUGGAAAUUGUGUUGCCGUCAAGAAACUAGGCAAGUUUGUUCAAGACGGUGAAAGGGAAUUCAAAACAGAAGUGAAGGUGAUUGCCCAAACUCACCACAAGAAUUUGGUGAGAUUAAUUGGCUACUGUGAUGAAGGUGAGCAUCGACUUCUGGCAUACGAGUUCAUGCAAAAUGGUUCCUUGUCAAGCUUCCUUUUUGGAGUUCUAAGG